AUGGUUGAAACUGAUUGGACUCAAGUCUCCUACGAUGGUAACCAGAAUUCUGAAUUUAGCAGCCUUUUCAAUCAAUUGUUAUUCAGAAGGACGUCAAACUCUGAAAAAGUGGCGUGAGUGCGGAGUUCGACGAAGCGAAGAAGUCGUCGAGAUCUGGGAGAACGUCGUCGGCCGUUCGCAAGCAUCGCUCGGAGAUGAACAAUGGGCGGUGCUGGAGCAGGUGUGCAUCGCUGCACUCGACUCGGCUCGAGUCACUUUGGCUCAAGAAUGCAUCGAUUUGCUUCAUGCGCGAUUCCCGAAGAGCAACCGAGUGCUCAAGUUGAAGGCGAUGCAAUUGGAGGCCACCGAACACUAUCAAAAGGCGUUGGACAUUUAUGAGAGACUCGUCGAGCAGGAUCCGAAUAACAAUGUGAGCAGAGGAAGUUUUUCAGCUCUUUCUUAUAAGUGAUUAAUUGCAGAGCUAUCGCAAGAGGAAAGUGGCGGUUCUGUUGGCUCAGGGGAAGCGUCUCGAUGCGAUCCGAGCCAUCAACGAGUAUCUCAAGAUCUUUCUGAACGACCCGGAAGCGUGGCUUCAGCUCAGCGAACUGUUCCUUCUCGAGAAUGACGUGGCGAAAGCUGUUCACUGUCUGGAGGAGUGCGUGCUCAUUUCGCCGCUCACCUCAAUGUACUUGAGACGCCUCGGCGAUCUGAGAUACACGCAGGGAGGGCUCGAGAACGUGGAGCUCGCGAGAGCUUAUUAUGAGAGAGCUCUAAAGAUUAACCCCACCGAUCUGAGAUCCCAAUACGGGAUCCUUUUGGUAGAACGGCAUUUGAAAACGUGUCGAAACGGAAUAUUCUUGUAGAGCAACAACUUCAUCGCAUCGUCAUCAAAAAACAAUACGGAGAAGAAAACGGCCAGAGAAUCUGCCACGGAGGCCAUCGACAACCUUGUUCAUCGCUAUCAAAAAGUACAGAACAUUUCGUAUUUACCUUUAAAAAAAUGGGUUUUUGUUUUAGAUCAGCACCAAAAAGAAUCCAGAAUCAGAGGGAAUUCUCAACUGCCUCGAAGCCAUGAAAACGACGAUCGGAAACAGCAAAUAG